AUGGGGUUUUUUGCGAAAAAUGUAGGAAAUUUUAUAAAAAAAUCCAAAUCAAAAUUCGGAAAAUUUAAAAACUUUGGAUCAUAUAACAAAAAAAACAAUUAUAUAUAUAAUCAAUAUGAUAAUUUACUAAAUAUAGGAAAUAAAAAACCUGAUGAUAUAAUAAAUUUAUUACAUAAAUUGUGUAAAGAGAAAAAUUGUGAUACUGAAUUAAUAAAAUGUAUUACUGAUCAUAUAUAUGAUUUUAGCGAUGAUUUUUUUUGCCCACAAUUAAUAAAAAUAUUGGAAAGUUAUGUAAAACUAAAAUAUUCUGAUGAGACAUUAUUAGGAAUUGUAUGUAAUAGAAUAGAAGAUUUGGCUAGUUUAAAAUCAUGUAUAAGAACAAAAAAUAUGAUAAAUAUUUAUAAGCAAUUAAAUUUUCAUCAUCCAUUAGUUAAAAUACCAUUACUAUCCCAAUUAAAUGAUAAUAUAAAUGAAUAUAAAAAUGAACUAGUUUCAAUUCUUAAAAAUAUAUCUUAUUUAUAUGUUGACAGUUAUACUACCAAUAAUAUUAUGAACAAAAUAAUUAUAAAUUCAAAUUAUUAUCAAAAAGAUAUUUUUACAAUUUUGGAAGGAAUAAGUAGAUUAAAUGAAUGUGAAAAUAUUAACACAUUUAUUGAAUUAGUUAACAAAAAAAUAAAAUAUUUAAAAGAUAAUAAUAUAUGUUGUAAUUUAAAAGAUUUUGUAAAAUUUUUUAGUGCAUAUAAAAGAUUAAAUAUAAAUGAGACUACAUAUUUACAUUUUCAAUUUGAAAAAAAAAUAGAUAAUAUCAAAUUAAUAUCACCAAAUAACAUUUCUUACAUGUUACUUGCAAUGUUAUCAUCUAAAUUUUGUCAUCAAAAAUUGUCUGAAUUAAUCAUAAUAAAUAUCGAAAAUUAUGUAGGAAAUUUUGAUAAUAAAAUAAUGAGUGAUAUACAUGAAAAAAGACAUAUACAUUUUUUUAAUUCAGAAAAAAAAAUUAAAAAAUAUUGUAAUAAUUAUAUAAUGAAUUAUUUACCUUUUCACAUACUUCUUUUAACAUUAUUAGAUUAUGAUAAUAAUAACAAUGUUUUGACUUAUUUAAUAGAUAUAUGUAUAAAUGAAUGUAUAGAUUUAUACGAUAUAUCAAAUUUAAUAAAAAUUUUAUAUUCUUACACUAUUUUAGAUAUAAAUAAACAAAAUUCAAAUAAAAUAAAAACACAAAAAUAUGAAAAUAAUAUAAUAACAAUUUUUUCAGCACUUAAAAAUGUGUACAAAAGUGCCAGUACUAAUGACAUGAAAAUUUUACAUAGUUGUUUUUUAUAUAAUAAAGAUAUAAUCGAAAAAAAUGAAAAAUUAAAAGAAAUAUCAUCAGAUUUAUUAAAUUAUGAACCUUUAACAGUAUUACCAUCUUCUUAUUCAGAUUUAAAUUUUCAAGAUCUUGAAAUUAUUAAAUAUGCUAGUACAUCUUAUUUAAAAAAUAAUAAAAAUAAUCAAAUUUUUUUAUAUCUUAACAAAAAUGAUUUUUAUUCCACUAAUGAUUACAUUUAUGACAAUUUAAUUGUUAGUGUUAAAUUCAAAAUCAAUGUUUUAAAAAAAAAAUUUGGGCAAAAUCGAGUCAACAUAAUUUACGAGAAUCACCCCCUAAAGUGUUAA